AUGUCAACAUUAAUGGGAAAUUUAAAGACGGCGAUUUUUUUUGAUAUACCACUCAGUAAAAAUCCUUUGAUUUUUGGAGGAUACAGUUUAUUAAAACUAGCAAUUAAAAUGAGAAAUCGUAAAGAGAUUGUUAAAUUGUUAAUCAAGAAAGGUGCUAGAGUGAAUAAAAAAUAUUGUGAUAAAUCGGCUCCUCUUUUACACAUCGCGAUUAAGCAACAACACCUAGACAUCGUCAAGUUGUUAGUCAAGAAAGGAGCUAAUGUUAAUGAACCACAUCGUCAUAAGUUAACAGCAAUGCUUGUAACAGUUGUAUCUUUAAAAAAAUUAAGUAUAGACUCUCCAUCAAUAAACAUAAUGAAAUUUCUUAUAAAAAGUAGAGCAGAUAUACAGGCGAAAGAUAAAAAUGGUGGCACAGCGUUGGAUCUAUCCUGCAGUUUACAGCAAUUCAAAAUGGCCAGAUUACUUCUGAAACUUAAUAUAAAAGUCAAUUUCGCGACAAUCUUCGAUUCAAAUGUCAUAUCUCUAUUGCAAUUGUUCUCUUUUGGUGAAAAUCCGACAUUGUUGCAUGCUGCGAUAGUUGGUCAUGACGUUAAAAUGGUCGAAAUUUUAAUAAACCACGGGGCUGACAUUCAUUACAAGACUGGAAUGUUCUUGAGAACUCCAUUAAUGCUUGCGAUUGAGAAGAAACUGGAGCGAACUAUUUAUUCAAAACCUAUCAAUAAUUUUUGGGAACUUUCAUAUUAUAAAUAUUUAGUUAAAUAUAUAUCAUACAAUCUCUACAAGUGUAUUAUAGCGAUGAAAGAACACAGAAUAGGAACGAGUACAAUCUCGUUCUUUCAUUUGUGGACGGCUCCAUGGAAUCAAUUGAUUAAUCAUGCCUAUAAUAAAGAUGUCAGAGAAUUGUGUAUUAGUGAUUAUGCUGAUAAAUAUCCUUUGUUCACCUGUAUGAUCCAAAAACGCUUCAACGGCGCCGUCAAGAGGAGCAAGCUCCUGGAGAAAUUUACGGAAAAAUUUUUUUUUUUAUUAAAAACACUGCCAUUUUUGUGUUGCCAAACAAUUUUAACCUAUUUCGAUGAUGAUGAUUUGGAAUUAUUCAAUAUAUUGACUUAUUUAUAUUAUUCCCAUGUACGGAAUACACUCACAUACCAUGCUUGUAAAGGUGAACCCUAG